AUGAUAGCAGAAAAGAAAGCACAGGCACAAUUAAAUGCCGAAAAGACUAGAAAGAAGCAAACAAAGAAUACAAUCACGCGGCCACGACCAGAAUACUGUUCAAAAGAUAAACUACUACUUGUGGGUGAAGGAAAUUUUUCGUUUGCUAAAUCAUUAGCAGAGAAUUACCUGAUGGAAGGUGCUGAGAACAUGAUUGCUACCUGUUAUGAUAGUGAGGAAGUCUUGUAUGAGAAAUAUCAAGAAGCAAAAGAAAACAUUGAACUCAUACGUGAACUUGGAGCCACAGUUAUGUUUAACAUUGAUGCGACUCAUUUUUCUAAAGAGAUAAGAAAGAACAAAUAUACAAAGAUUAUAUUUAAUUUUCCUCAUGCAGGUGCUGGUAUUAAGGACCAGGAUAGAAAUGUCAUUGCGAACCAAAAGCUGUUGACUGCCUUCUUUCAAGCUGCCGAACCACUGUUAGAAAAAGAAGGAGAGAUCCAUAUUACGUUAAAGACAUGCAAGCCCUAUGACUUGUGGUCUGUCAAAGGUUUGGCUAGGUCACUAGGAGUGUUGGCUACUAAAGGGACUAGACCAUUUCAUCCUGAUGACUUUCCUGGAUACGAGCAUAGACGUACAUUAGGAUAUAAAGAAGGUGUCAGUAAAGGUGGAAACCUAGAGAUUUUAUCUUCAGCUCCAAAGACAUUUAUAUUUGUCAGAAAAGAGAUGAUGAAAAAAGAUAUUGAAAGAAGUUUGACUGGAAAAAGAAAAAGAGAUGAAGAGGAUAGCGACGAUGAACCAUAA